UUAGCAGCACAUCUGCGAAUACAGUGAACACAUUCCCUUGAAUUAACAAGGAAAUGUCACAAACCAGUCGAAUCAAGAACCGGUCAACUCUAUCUAACAACUACUAAAACUGAAAAAGUACCUCUGAAAACUUGAAUAUGUGUAUUUUCAAUUUUUCAUCCACUUAUAAUACAAUGAAGUUUCUCUCCCAAAACCUUCUUCCCUCGUCAUCGAAAUUUUCUCUCAAAAUUUUUCCGAUCGUUAUAGUUUUAGUCUUCUACCACAAUGCUGCGGCUGUAAAACUACCAAACAACGAAAAGGUUCCGGCAGUGAUUGUUUUCGGAGAUUCGGUAGUGGAUCCUGGAAACAACAACAAUAUUAGCACUAUAGUCAAAUGUAAUUUCCCACCAUAUGGGAGAGACUUUAUAGGACAAAGACCUUCUGGAAGGUUUAGCAAUGGCAGAGUCCCCUCAGACAUGAUAGCUGAAUCAGUUGGAGUCAAGAAGAUAUUGCCAGCUUAUCUGGAUCCAAAUCUGAAGAUUCAUGACUUACUUACUGGUGUAAGUUUUGCUUCAGGUGGCUCAGGAUAUGAUCCUCUCACUCCUAAAAUAGUGUCUGUCCUAUCAUUAUCAGAUCAAAUAGACAUGUUCAAAAAUUAUAUAAGCAAGAUUACGGUAGCAGUCGGAAAGGAGGGCGCUGCAACUAUAGUAUCGAAAAGCAUAUACAUUGUGUGCACAGGAAGCGACGACAUUGUGCAUACCUAUUAUUUUACACCACUGAGGAGACCUCGGUAUGACAUUUCAGCAUAUACCGAUCUCAUGGUUGAAUCAGCUUCAAGUUUCUUUCAGGAACUAUAUGAACUGGGAGCAAGAAGAAUCGGAGUAGUAAAUCUGCCGCCAAUCGGGUGUUUGCCGUCGCAGAGAACACUGGGUGGAGGCAGAGAAAGAGGGUGCUCAGAGACUACCAACCAAGCAGCAAGCCUCUUCAACUCCAAGCUCUUGCCCAAAAUAGAUGCCUUCAAUACGAGGCUUCCAGAAGCAAGGCUUGUCUACCUUGAUAUCUAUAACACAGUGCUUUCCCUCAUCCAAAACCCUACUCAAUUUGGAUUUGAAGUGAUGGAUCAAGGAUGUUGUGGAACAGGAAAUAUUGAGGUUAGCAUUCUGUGUACUCGUUACUCUCCGGGAACCUGCAACGAUUCAUCAAAAUACAUAUUCUGGGACAGCUACCAUCCUUCAGAGAAGGGAUAUGAAGUAAUAAUCCCUCUGGUUUUCGAUUCGCAAGUUCAUAAAUUCUUCUGAGGAAUCUCACUCUCUCUCUCUUUCAAGUGUCGGCAAUCAAUAAAUUUCCUUUUAGUUUUGGUGUA